UCGGGAUGUCAGGACACGGUUACAGUUUCCCUCUGCCAGGCGGCCUCGAACCCCAAUCGCCCGGCGAGCAGCACAUCAAACGGCCGAUGAACGCCUUCAUGGUCUGGUCGAGGAUCCAAAGGCGGAAAAUCGCCUUGGACAACCCGAAGAUGCACAAUUCUGAAAUUUCCAAAAGGCUCGGCGCCGAGUGGAAGCUGCUCACGGAAUCGGAAAAACGGCCUUUCAUCGACGAGGCGAAGAGGCUGAGGGCGAUGCACAUGAAGGAGCACCCGGACUACAAGUACAGGCCGCGGAGGAAGCCCAAGACGCCCGGGCAGCACCCGCAGAUGAUGAAGCCGGGCACGACGCCCGUCCCUUCGUCUGGCACCGGCUUCCACAGCUUCCCGUUGCCCCAUUACUUCGCCGGGAACCACCCGCACCCUCUGGAGAGCCUGGGGGCCGCUUACCCGCCGCUCCCGCCCUACUUCGGUUCCGCCUUCGACGCGGUCAACUUCAGCAAGCUCGUCCAGAGCCAGAGCCCCGAGGGCGGCAAAACGGCCUCCGUCGUCAGUUCGUUCUACAGUUCGCUCUAUCCUCAGGGGAAGUCGUUUCAGCCUCCUCCACCGCCCCUCAGCGCCCUCUUUCAACCGCCGCCGCCGCAUUUCCUCUUCGGGGGCGGCCAGAGUCCCGGUUCCAGUCCGACGGAACACCCGCAGCAGUCGACGCCGGGAUCGACACCGCCAUCCCUCGACAUCGAGAGCCUCAGGAGGCCCGUCUCUGUAAUUUAUUAAAGUGUAUUUUUAUACGAAUUUAUCUUUUCUUUUGUGUAUUAUGUAUGUGAUAUGUGUUCAUACCGAGGUAAGACUUUUUAUUAAUUUUCUUUUCGUAUAUUUACUUAUAGCCCACACCGACUACCUUCUCCCUUUAAAUUCUUGUUUAUACACCUUAAAAGUAUGGAGAUUUAAAAACGGAUAAUUAAAAAAUAUAUACCUAUAUAUAUUUAUGGAUAUAUUAUAAUAUGUGAUUAAACGAUUUGGACUAAUUAUUUAGUGUUUUCCGUGCUUUGGAUGUUGUUUCUAGUUGGUAGUUUGAAAUUAAAAAAAGCUUAAGUAAUAUAUACGUAUUAUCUCAUACCAAAGUGUUAUAUUAAGCGUUAAAGCGAAUUUAUUCAAUGUAAUUAUGAAUUAUUGUUAUUAAACUACCCUGACUAAAGUGUUUAAAAAUUUGAUAAACCAUUUUUAAUUUAUAAAUAUUGUUAAUAUUAUAUUGUAAAGUUAUUGCUGUAUAUAAUGUAUUCGAAUCUGAGAAUCGCCUAAGUAUUUAUUACUGUAAAUAUUAUCUAGUUUGUCAUAUCGUCUAUGUAUAAUUUGUAAAAUAAAACUUGUUCUGUUUCAAAUUUAACUAGUCUCUUUUGCUUUUCAACCACCUUCACGAGUAGAAAACUUAUAACAAAUAUAUAACAUACGACCAUCUUCAAUUCAAUAAUAAAAUUAGCUUCUUUACAUUCAUAUUGAAUUGUGGAUUAUGCCAACAAACCCCAUUAAUUCCAUUGGUUUCAAAAGAAACAAACCCCAUUAAAGUAACAAUGUUUACAUUUAGUAAGUUCUCAAUUUUGCAACAAUCAAGUUAUUAAUUAUAUUAUAUAGCGUUUUU